AUAACAUUUUAAAAAUGGGAACCAAGGAAAAGAAAUCAACCAUCAAGUUUCAAAAGAACAAACUCAAGGGUGUUGUCAAGAAGAGAAAGGAGACCAACAAAUUUAAGAAACAAAUUCAGAGACGUCAAAUUCGUCGUGGUGCUCCCAUCGAUCCUCACAAAGAUGACGAAAAGCCAAAGGAAGAAGCCCCAGUGGACAAUACUCCUAUUGUUAAUGCGGAAGAUUACUUUUGUAACUUUGUCAUCGAUGCUGAAGAAACACUUGAUCUCAGCGACGAUGAGGAAGGUGAUUUGGAUGCAUUAGAUGCAUUUGAGGUUAUUUUAGGGCCUGAUCAAAAUAUUGCUGCUGAGGGAUUAGAUGACGACGAAAUCAUGUCCGAAAAUGAUGAUGAAGAUGAAGAUGAAGAUGAAGAAGAAGAGAUGGAUGAUGAAUAUGACUCUGCCGAUGAAGAAGAGGAUGACGAAGAAGAUGAGGACGAGGAUGAAGAUAUGGAAGAGAAUGAUAAGGCUGAUGAAAAUGAUGAUUCAAUCGCUGUCACUAUGCCCAUGUUAAAGGAAUGGAUUAAUGCCGCUAAUAAGAAAUCACCUGCCGCUUGGAAAAAAAUGUUAUUGGCCUUCAGAUCCAUUGUUAGAUCUGACGAGCCUGCAAAGACCAAGUUCACAUAUCGUGUUGAAAGCAGCAAAGUUUAUGCUAAACUUGUUAGAAGCACAUUAAAGGCAGCAUACCCUAUUUUAAGUAAUCAUAUCUACUUUUUAAAAAAGGAAAAGUAUCCAGGAAAAACAAAGAAUUGGCCCAAAUUGGAAAGAGUGAUUAUCUUGUUCUUCAACAAUUGUAUUCGUUUCCUUCGGGAGUUAUCACACGACGAUAUUAUUCAAUACGUCUUGGAACAAUUGGCACCAUGUACAUUAUAUUUGGGGUGUUUACCCAAGGUCUCCAGAGAAUAUCUCAGAGUUUUAUUAGACCGUUGGUCAGAUGUCGCACUUUCAGAAGAAACUCGUAACGCAUGUUACACAGCAAUUAAGCAUUUUGCCACCACAGCCAUUGAUGCUGCUCGUAAAGAUUAUAUGCCUAAUGCCUUAAAGGGCGUUUAUCUUGUUUUCGCUAAUCGUGCCACCAAGAUCAAUGAAAGCAGCAUGCCAGUAAUCCAACAAAUGCUUGAAGAAGUAGCCGAUCUUUACUCCGUCAACCCUAAACAAAGCUACGAACAUGCAAAUGUCUACGUACGUCAACUUGCAGACCAUUUAAAGAAGGCCAAAAAGGAGCAGACAGUAGAGAGUUUCAAACAAAUUUAUACAUGGCAAUAUGUCAGCUGUCUUGAUUUCUGGGCUAGUGUCGUUGCAACUACUUGUGAUCCCGCUGUUGGCGAAUCAUCUCCCAUGCAAGCUAUUGUUCAUCCUUUGGUCGAAGUGUGUCUCCACACAAUUCGCUUAAAUCCUACAGCACAAUUUUUACCUCUUCGUAUCCAUCUUAUUCGUACGCUUACAGGUCUCAUUGAUUCUACUGGCUAUUAUAUCCCAUUGGCGCCCUAUUUGUUCGAAAUUCUCAGCAGUGAUAUUUUCAAGGGAAAUGGCGCUGUUGCAAUCGAUUUACCAGAGUUUGAAUGGGAGUUACAUCUUAAAACACCCAAGAGCUACAUGCAAGCAAAGAGUUAUCAAGAUUCUGUAUAUAAUGUCAUGUAUGAUGGUCUUGUUGACUUUUAUGCAUGUCUUGGUCUUUCUAUUGCAUUUCCUGAGUUGGCGAUUCCCGCUCUCGAUAAACUCAAGGAGUACCAAACAAAAAUGAAGGGAACUAGAUUCUUAAAAUCUCUCCGUACCUUGAUUGAAAAGAUGGAAACACAUAAAAAUUAUAUCGAACAAAAGCGUGCACCAAUUGAAUAUACACCCAACAAAUUAGAUGAGGCUACUGCUUUCUUAAGAGCAACAGAUUUCGAGACUACACCUCUUGGUAGCUUUUUGAAAAAGAGAAAUCAACAAAAAUUAAUAAAUUAGAUGUUGCAUAUCGAAAAAAUACAACAACAAAAAAAAAAUGCAUGUAAAUAAAAAAUAGC